AUGACCAAAGAUGACGACGGCGGCCGGGGGAAGGGCUGGUUCUCGGCCAAAAACGGCAAUGGCACCGGCCACGGCGACUCCUGGACCGACGCCGCUCAGAAUUAUCUAGACGUCCCGGGCAAUUGGAUUGCGCCCGUCGCCGCCGCCGUUCUCACCCUCGGCGCCUAUUCCUUCUACCAAUCCUACCUGCGCCGCUUUCCCACCCCGCACCACAUCGCCCCGGGCGUCUUCCGAAAUCGCAGCCUAUUCGGCAAGGUCACGAGCGUUGGCGAUGGCGAUGGCUUCCACCUCUACCACACUCCGGGCGGCCGUCUCGCCGGCUGGGGCUGGUUGCGCCGUGUGCCCACAGAUCGGAAGCAACUCAAGGGCCAGACGAUCUCCAUCCGCCUCGCCGGCGUAGACGCCCCCGAAGCAGCCCACUUCGGCCGCCCCGCCCAGCCCUUCUCCGCCGAAGCGCUCUCCUUCCUCGAGAACUACGUCCUCCACCGACGCGUGCGCGCCUACGUCUACAAGCGCGACCAAUACGAGCGCGUAGUGGCCACCGUCUACCUCCGCCGCGCACCCUUUUUCUUCCCGCGCCGUGACGUCGGGCUCGAACUCCUCCGGCACGGCCUCGCUGUUGCGUACGAGGGCAAGACGGGCGCGGAGUUUGGCGGGGAUAAGAUGGAGGCUGUGUAUCGUGAGGCGGAGGAGACGGCGAAGAGGAAGAGGGUGGGCAUGUGGGGGUCGGCGGCGGGGAGAGGGGUCGGGAAGAAGUUGUUGGCGAAGGCGGUUGGGGGGUCGGCGUCGGCUGCGGCCGUGGGGAAGUCGGAGACGCCGAUGGAGUAUAAGCGGCGGAUGAAGGCGCUUGAGGGUGGGGAGUAG